UUAUCUACAGCUGAUUCAAACAAGUCACAAACACCGUGAUGCGCUGCGUGCGCUAACCAACAUUGGACUCAAUAGCUUGUUUGUAAUCACUGUUUAAUGAAAUUGUAGUAUUUUAUUUAGCUGUGAUCUAAAAAAGUGUUUUCGUGAUCUCUCUAGUGUUUCGUCUCGUCAAAUCGGGGAUUCUUACUUCGAAAUUUUCAUCGGAAUUCCGCCUCCAACUCGGUCUGUUUGUUUUUUUCUUGCCGGUGAAUCAAGUGCACAGGAUUUUGGUGAAUCUACAUACAACACUCACGUUUUGAACUCGUUCGAAAUUGUGCUCUCAAAGUGAUUCCAAUUCAUUUACAUUUGUGCGGACGAAUCGGUUUUCUGGAUUUUCCCUUCGAAUCAUCGGUUUCUGAAAGUGUCUUCAACCAAUCUAACGUUCUUCUCAUCCCUCAACUGAAGUUCUCGCGCAAAUCAGUUCGAAAUCAUCAUUUCGUCUCUUUAAGUUUGGAUUGUGUGUUAAAAUUAUUCGUCAUCCUUCUGACCCAAUGUGUAUGUGUGUGUUCCACUCGUAUAAAUUGGAUUUACCUGUGUAUGAUUCUGCCUGCAGCAACCACUUUAUCGCAAUCUUUUAUUUCAAGGAAGGGUAAUGAAACUCCAGGUGGUGCCGCUGAGAAUGAUGCAAGCGGGCAAUGGGACAGCGACCCCGAAUCCGAGCUCGACGGCCCUGCAGAACGGCCUCGACUGCUUGCCGCUCUUCAACUCCCCGCAGGACCUCCUCUGGAGGUACCCCUUCAACUUCCCCUCCACGCCCACCACCCCGACCUCACUAUCCUUCGUCAUGGACUUCAAAACUCAUCUCCCAAUGAAUCUAGCUACUGACCCUCGCGUCUGGAGUAGGGAAGAUGUCACGACGUUCCUACGAUGGAGCGAAACUGAAUUCGAUUUACCUCGAUUUGACCUAGAAUUAUUUCAAAUGAACGGCAAAGCACUGUGUUUAUUAACGAAGGCAGACCUGAACGAAAGGAGUCGCGAAGGAGGAGAUGUGCUGUACAACAUAAUCCAGUUACUGAUCCGCGAGGCCUGCUCGGCAGCAGUACUCCAGUCACCAUCUCAUCUCGCGACGAGGCACUGUCUCCCGAAUAGUCCAGUCACGCCGCACUUUCCUCUCAACCCCGCCUGGGGCAUCCCACCGUCCCAUGAUUUCCCGGCCCUGCCAACGUCAACCGUGCCCACGUCCCUCCACAACUCGGUCACGCUGAGUCCAGCACCGUCGGUGGACAGCCAGUCUGGAAGUCCGAAAAACACGGAGCAGUCCAACGGAUCUGCCUACCCUGUCCUGACAGGCUACAACAGCGGAGUUAGUUCAGGCAGUAACCAGUCAGACUCUGAACAGGAAGAGGUAGAGGUUCACUCUCCAACACCAAUAAAUCUAUUACCUCCACCUGGAUCCUCUAACAAUAGUUCACCACCCGUUUCUCCACGUUAUCCACCUAGUUUCUUCGCAUCAGACCCAGUCUCAGAACAGUCUAACACAAAUGGACGCCUUCUUUGGGACUUCCUGCAACAGUUGCUCAACGAUUCAUUGCAACGUUACACAAGUUUAAUUGCGUGGAGGAACAGAGAGUCAGGAGUAUUCAAAAUCGUUGAUCCACCAGGACUGGCCAAGCUCUGGGGAAUUCAGAAGAACCACUUGUCCAUGAAUUAUGAUAAAAUGUCUAGAGCCUUGCGGUAUUAUUACCGAGUGAACAUACUUAAAAAAGUACAAGGAGAGAGGCAUUGUUAUCAAUUCUUACGGAAUCCAAGUGAGCUGAAGAACAUCAAGAACAUCUCACUACUCCGGCAACAAAUUUCAAGUCUGAAUGGAACCAACGGAACCAGCGGCUCAAACCAAAGUACCAGCACAAGUGGUUCUCUACCGUUGACAGUUCCAACUUUCGGUAUCAAAUCAGAGCCGUCUGACUCGAACCAAGCGUACGCUGACGAGCCGACCGACCUUAGCAUGGGACAAAGUUCACGUAGUAGUAGUAGUAAUGUAAACUGCAACAACAGUAGUAAUAAUUCUAAUUCUAGCAAUAGUAGUAGUAGUAGUCCGGGCGGCAAAUCAAGUGUCGACUUUCACAGGCCACAGGACCUGUCGUCGAGGAGUCCUAUGCAUUUACAGCUGAAUAUGCGAGCGAAAGACGUCGAUUACCCUAGCGACGUACCGUCCUCCCCGAAUCUAUCGGCAUUCAGUCAAAUGAAAAUGGAAGCAAGCUCAUCUUGAGCGGAAUCGGUCUCAGUCAAUUUUUAAACCUAGAGUUUUUAAGCUGACCUUGUCGUAGCGCCCUAUGUGAUGUAAAUAGUGAGAGUCUCCUCUCUCAAGCAUUUACCAUUUACCGUUCUCAUCUUGCUUAUGCUUAUUCGGUUGUUAAGAUUUCUUUUAGUUUUUGCCCGAUCUUUUGUACAGAUUACAGUGUUUGUGAAUGCCCAGGACUAGAAUGUGAUUAAUUUACAGUUGUUCAGAUGAAGCGCUGCGUUUAAAAUCUGAGCUUUAAUGAUUGUUUUUUGUAUCAUGCUGAACUGUAGCAAUAGUGCCUCCACCACAAUAACAGUCUUUCGUUCUUUCUACAGCAGUUAAAAUUCAAUGAGUGCAACUGUAUCAUCGGUUUCCAAAUAUUUCCAUGUUCAAAAGAUGUUGUCUUUUCAUUGCCUCUGAUUGUUGUUAAAAUUAUCACUCGUUCUCGUAAAUAACGUGAAUGUAUUUUCACUCUCUUCAGCUGAAAAUCAAUACCUACACCAAUUCUUCCAAACCCUUAAAAACUGUUCAUGCUUGGAUAUUAAUUUUUCAAACUGUGUCCUUUGUCUGUGGCUCUUCCUGCAAACUUUUGAAUUAUUGAACUCAGAUGAAGUUUUUGUUACAUUUCGUGAAGAAAUAAGUAGCGAAGUAUUCAUCUGAGACGUUGUUUCGUUAAAUUCGGAAAGGGUCUUAAAUUUUUGAAGUUUAACUUCAAGAUGCAACAGGACUAGUUUUUAAUCUCACAGUUCAGACUGUCGCUGAGAAGCCUACAUUUCUGAAAUUCUAAAGCCAGAUUUUAAAUUCAGAGUGAAAGUCGAUUUUUUGAGAGUGCCUUUUCUGAUUAAAAUUAUUAAAAUCGAUUGAUAUAAAGUAGGGAACAAUUAGGAAUUUGUUACGUUAAUUGUAUAUUUCGUGUAAAUGUCUUUAUAGUAAAUAGUUUCCUCUUUGUAACUGUAAAUUUACGUGUAAGUUAUGCUACUAGUGUAAAAAAAGUAAAGUGCCAAGAUUUUUCUAUGUAAGAAAGAAUUACCUGUUGAAUUUAUUGUAAUCUAGAUUUAAAACGGAGAAAAUGUUACUGAUAUCAAGAGUGCGUGAAAUGAGUGAAUGUGACCGUGAAAAGUUGGAUGUUCUGUUGAGGAAUAGACGAGCACUAAUUUUUUGAGUUUUGAUGUUACUGAAAAUUACCCCUCUGAAAUUUUCUUUGGUAUUGAAACUUAAUACCUAAGAUUUAUAAAAUUAUCAAGCUGCAAUAUUAAUGUUGCCAACCAUUUUACCUAUGAAAUUGGUUCGACAAAGGAGCAAAGCAUUCUAUAGUGGAGGAGGUUUCUAUUCAAGAUCAUGAUCUCGUAAUUUUAGUUUUCAUAUAUGAUUCAAAUUUUAAUUCAAUUUUUUCUUGAAAUAUGUAUGUAACUUCCUCAUUUUUAUUAAAAUCAAAAAAGAAAGAAAAAAAAGAAACUUCAAGCUUAUCAAGAACACAUUUUUAAAUAUAUCCCAGGUUGGAAAAUGGAGUCCAAAAGUUUUUUUUAUUUUUUGUAGGGUAUUUAUGCUCGUAAUAAUGAAGUGCUUUGGACAACUCAUCCAUUUGAAAAUCAUACCAAAAACGAUGUUUUGAUAAGUCGUUAAGAAUAUUUAAAAUAAAAUAAAAAAUAUUGGUGCUCUUUUAAUCCUCAAGCAAAUAUUCUAAAGUUUAGGAGUGUAUUUUCUUUUCAGGAAGUCCUGUAAUUUGAUAGGUAUUAAGUGACAGCAUCUCCCAUACUUCGAGAGAAAUCUAUUCGCUUUUUUAAAUGCACGUUCGAAUUGAACAGAGUUAGCAGGAGAGUUAGAUGUGCAGUCCGGAUUACGCUGUCUCAGGGCAGAUGAGAACGGAAUAUUCUCAAGCGACCAAUAAUUGUCCGAUCGUGUUCCUGCUUCCUGACCCUCAGUUUUUAAUUUGAUGUUCCUUUAUAUUUAUUUGUCUUCGAAACCUCCGUUGUCACUUAUUCGAGCCGCAACUGCCUGUCUAGGCACAUUACCAUAGUUUCAUGAGGUAGUAGAAUUUAUCAAACAUUUUCCACUAGCCUGAAAUUGCAAGCCUUGAGUCUUUUGAUAAUACAUUUUUGUGCAAUCCCAGCUGUGUGUGAGUGGAGGUGGAUGGUUUGUUUCUGAAUAGUUUCUUGGUUUAAGUGGCUGUUAUUUUGGCAAAAAAGAAGCGUUCUCUAUAGGCCAGACUGUAAGCCUAUCUGGUACAUCUGUGAUAUUUUUCACUUCAGUUGCGUUUACACUUUACACUUACAAUUUUUUACAUUAUAUACUAAACCCCCAACAAUUUCGACUUGUUCGAAGAAAUUUUGUAGUUGUGUAUCUUUCAAGACUUUCAAAUUAGAUCUUUAUCUUUUGGUGCUGUUUGUGCAUUUGUAUGCAACAAUUUGAUCGAAGCAGAUUACAGCCGUUUUGGUCAUAUUAGAGUCUACAGUUUUCUCAUUAUCUGAGGUUUUUCUCCCACUAGUAGAAACUAAGUAUCAUGAUUUUUUUCGCCCUUUUUUUUCUAUUCUAAUUUCAAUAAUUACCAAGCUGACCUUGGAACCAAAAAGUGCCUUAUGAAACCAGGCUUGAUAAUAAUCAAUGGAAUCUAAAUUCAGAGAAAACGUUCUAAUUAACAAUUGUACGUGUUGAAGGUAUGAUUUUGUUUGUAUCAGAUAUCCAUGCAUCAAUCAAAAAUUAAUUUGAGAUCUUAGAAGUAACAAAAAUAUUAUUGAAAUGAAGUAAUGACCAUUGGCCAGUCUAUUGUAAUGAUGAUUUUGCCUUUUUUUUUUAAAAAAAAAAAAAUAAUUGUAAAAAACAAGACAGUUCAAGCUACUUUUCUUGCAAAUUGGAAUGUGAGGUAAUUUGGGCACUUUUUGCUUGAUCUAUUUCUAUUUUUUUAUGGAUUAUAGAAGCUCCCUCAAGUGUUGGUGGUAAUGGAAAUUUUUUCUUAGCCAUUACCUAAGUUUCUUCAGUUAUGUAUCAUAACACAUAUAAUUAUAAUUUGCUGAGAUAUUUUUUUUUAAAUUUUUUUUCUUGGAGUUUUGCAAAAUGAUUGUUUUGGGGUUUCUGUUCCGCCGAGUGGUUAUCAUCCGACAGGUUGAAAGAGCUUUUAUGAACGAUUAAUCUCAAAACGAUUUUUUUCAUGGAUUUAUUUUGAUUGAGAUAGAGGAGACUUCAAGCAUCAUUCUUUAAGUGACAUCGAAGAUUAUAUUUUUUAGUUUCCCACAAUUGCAGCAAAGCGGGUAUAAUUUUAGUUAGUAGAUCAUGAGCAUUGAUCCUUAUUUUACUGUAAAAAAACAUUAGUUCUCCUCUAUCUAAAUCUCGCAGGGUACUCAUUUUCAAGAAUGCAAAGUUAAGUGUUGAACCAUAUUGAGUGAGUGUGCAACAAUUCGUCGUCUCUGGCAUGAAAGAACGUAACUUGUCUGGGCUGUUCAAGUAUUUCUUCUAACAUUUUAUUUUUUUGGAAGAGAACUGUUGCAUAAAUUUUUCAGAAUAAUUUCUCAUGCAAAUGAGAAAAAUCACUGGAAAUUUGGGAAAAAUACACUGUGCAGUUCUCCUAUACUCAAAUAAAUGUAAGCAAGAAACAUCAAAACAGCAUAAUCGAGACACGUUAUUUUGUGCAGGAGGUAAUGAGCUAUGCUAAAUUUCUGGAUGUAGAACGUUGUCAGAAGAUUUUUUCCUUUUACCGAAUAAGUUCUUUAUAAUUUUUAUUUUAUUUUACAGAAGAAUGAUUUUUUUUAUUUGCUUUUUAAAGUUUAAUCAUAAUGAUGUUCAUUAUGUUUUUAGUUGAACAUUAGUACCUUAAGUACCUUUUUUUGUCUUUAUUGAUUUAGGUCUAAAAUAUAGCAGCCAUUUUUAAAGAAACUUGAGAAAUGAGCAGUGUGUGUCUUAUUAUCAAGAGGCAAUAAUAGUGUUAAAAUUUUUGGAAAAUAGCAAUCAAAUAAGCCGUAUUGAAAAGUAUCUGCCUGAUCUGUUUUUUUGGGAUGUAAAAGAGAAAUUUUACUUGAUCUGGAAUAUAAACGAUAAACCGAUUUUAACGAAAGAAUAAUUCUAAAAUCUGAAGAAAUAACCGAAACAAAUGAUUUAUAAAAGUAAAUAUUUAUAUGAAAUGUUAUGUAUUAAAAAAGGAAUAUCUUUUGUUAAGUUUAGUUUAUACCUGCAUUGUACAUUUUGCUGUUCUGUUUUAAUAGUUUUUAAUUUUUCUAUUAAAAAUUUAAGUACCUUGACUACGCAUACAGAAAUGACCAGUUUAGUCAUAAUAAAAGUAUAUUUUAUUUACAAAGUUUUUGAACGGACGACUUCAAGUAUUUUGUGUACCUACGAUAGAUCAUUCCUUAAUUGUUGCUCAGAAAAAUCAUUUAUAUUAUGUAUUAUAAUAAAAGUCUAUUACUUUCUUAAUAAAUGAUAUUACAUUAUGUGA